GUCAUGACGUUAUGGCGGCUCCGGGAAGCGGACAGUGGCUUUUUCCGUUCCCGUGUCCCUUGACAGCAGGGUCUGGGCUGUACCGGAGCUUUGCUGGGAAAUGACACUGGUUCAUGUUGGCUAAUGGUCUGGAGCUAGGAUCCUGAGGAUAUUUCCCUCCCUGCAAUCAAGACAUUCAGUCCAGUUCUAGGGCCAAACUGAUGUCCAACUGAGAUCAGAGAUGGAUCUGAUUGAAAAUCAGCUGCAGCUCCUUUUGAAAGGAGAAGGCAUGGAGGUACAGAACUAUGACUCCCCACUGGAUGAAGUGGUACCUGUAAUCGUGCGGAAAACUGUCUGUUACAUCGUUGCUGCAAUAAUACUAAAUGAGCAGAAAGAAGUGGUGAUGAUGCAGGAGGCAAAACAAGAAUGUUAUGGCAAGUGGUACCUGCCAGCAGGGAGGAUGGAACAGAAUGAAACCAUCAUUGAGGCCGUGAAGAGGGAAGUUCAAGAGGAAACUGGUUUGGAAUGUGAGCCCUACACUCUGCUGAGUGUGGAGGAAAGAGGUCCACGAUGGAUCCGUUUUGUUUUCCUGGCAAGAGUUACAGGAGGGAACUUGAAGACUACAUCAGAGAGUGAUGCGGAAUCCUUGCAGGCAAGAUGGUGGGACAGAGUGUCACCACUUCCCCUGAGAGCCAGAGACAUCUUAAAUUUGAUUUCAUUUGCUGUCAAGCACAAAGAGAAAGCUUCUCAUCCAGUGACUAUGCCUGUUGAGUUGCCCUGCUCAGUUGUGUGUCACCGAGUAGUAUCUGCCUUUCUCAACAAAAGCAAUGAACUGUGGCUGCUGACCAACAAUCAAAGCCAUCCCCAUUUCCCCGUGACAGUCUGUGGUUCCUCCUCGGCUGAUCUAUCCUGCAGUGUAGAAGUCGCCAUCUACAGACUGAUCAAGGAGUGCUUGAGGGAUUCGCAGGUCAAGGUGAAAACUCAUGGUAUCUUGGGGUUGCAACACAGCGGUGGAAUCACCGGGAAGACAGAUGGCAUUUGUUUCAAUGUGCUGGUCACUGUCGCCCAGGUGGAAACUACAUACGGCCAGUUCCCUCCAGAUAUUAACAAUGUGAAGUACUCUUGGCACAAAGUGGACAAUGAUGAUUUAAAAAUUCAGUUGUUAGAGAGAUUGUCAUUUUCUUCUGUUGUGCCAUUUUUGAAUUAAAGUGACAAGGGAAACAUUAAAAUAAAAGGAGAUUGAAUCUUCUUUAAAAAUGUAAACACGAGGAAUUCUGCAGAUGCUGGAAAUUCAAGCAACACACAUCAAAGUUGCCGAUGUGUGUUGAAUCUUUUUUAUACUGAUUACCUGAGUCUAGGCCUUGUAAUGAAAACUCAUAAUUUUGAGGCAUUCUUUUGUUAUGUGCUGUGUCGUAUAAGCAAUCAUGGUCUUCCCAUGACAAUGAUUGUUUGCAGAUAUUUCUAUAGAAGUGGAUUGUCAUUUGCAAGACAGGACACCCCAGCCAUCAUCAAUACUCUCCAGAGAUUGUCUGCCUGGAGUCAGUAGUAGCGCAACCAGGACUUGGGAUAUGCACCAGCUGCUCAUACAACUGUCCCCACCUGCUCUCAUGGCUUCAUGUCACAAGGGUGACCUGCAGGCUAGUAUAUAUAAAUUGGAAUUUUAUCACUUGAGCAGCUAUUUCCCACUUCACAAUACGAGAGUAUUAAGGAAAAAUUUUCUAUUAGUGGUUAGGCUUCAACAUGUUGGGGGAAAAAAAGACCUGGUAGAUAGAUUGAAAUAAAAAAGACACUUGACCUUGCAAAUAACUGAAUCUUGAAGACAGUGUAAUUUUGCCCCCUUUACUGGUUUGGUCCCUUAUUCAAUCUUUCAUUUCCUUACUCUAAUGCUUGACGAAAUUGGACUUGAUUUAGCUUUUAAAUGGUAGAUGCCUGUUGAAAGCUUUUUGUACCACAAUGCCACCACCCUUAUUAUUUUAUUAAAGAGAUUAAUCAAAUGUAUUUUCCUUCUAAGUGUUUACUUUAUUAAUCCAUCUUUUUCUAAAAGCUGAUUAAAAAACAAUUUAGAAUAAAAUAUUCGCACUGCAGAUUAAAUACACGAAAUAUUUUCUCAUAAUCCACUUCAACUUACAGUAUUGCAGUAAACACACUCACUACUUUUUUUUUACAGCUGCGUGGACCAACCAUUGCUCUGAGCAGGAAAUUUUUACAUGUUCUGAAAACUGCACAGCACUUUAAUUUUUUUUUGUUUUGUAAUAUGCAUACUAUGGAUAUUCAGAAUGAAAAUCACAUACUUUUGGUUUUAUUUAUUAAUUAAAGGGUUCAAUAGUUCAAUUUAAUAUCAGAAUAUAUACAGUAUACAAUCUGAAAUUCUUACUCUUCACAGACAUCCAUGAAACAAGACCUCAAAGGAUGAAUGACAGAAAAAAAUGUUAGAGCCCCGAAGCCACCCCCUCCCAUGCUCAAGCAGCAGCAAAUGCAACAUCCCUCCCCUCCCCAAUUGCUCCAGCAACAGCAUCAACCCCACCACCCUCUAUGCAACUAAUAGCAAAGUCCCCAGAGACCAUGAUCUAGAAUCCAUCAAAAAUGCAAUACAACAAACAAACAUUUCGUAAACAUUUUCUAGCUACACGGCACAAAGUCUAGGUACGUGGGAGCACUUCGGCUACUACGUAGCCACACUCUUGCACAGCUUGCAGGGAGCAGUGCUCGGGUGGCACUGAGAAUGUGGAAGUCAUGUGGCAGGAGCACAGAAUAGACCUGUGAACCCCACAAAUUACACACUACCCAUCCCACUGGACACCCAUUCCCCAUCUGUGAUAGAUCCCCAGAGAUUGCCUUGGAAGAACUGACUUUGAAUUCAGUGGUGUACCUACUUGGGUUGGUUAGUCUGAAAUCAACCUUUGGAAAUUAAUGGGAAAAUGGCAUUCCCAAUGCCACAAACAAGAACCCACAACAUUAACAGUGAGACGAAAUCCUAUCUGAUGUAUUUAGAGAAUGCAAAUGAGGCAAAGCAAUAUCUAUGGAAUUUAUUGUAAAAUCAUCAUCCCACUCCACCAGGUUCAGGAACAGCUAUUACCCAUCGACCAUCAGGCUUUUGAACCAGAGGGGGUAACUUUACUCACCCCGACACUCAACUGAUUCCACAGUAUGGACUCACUUUUAAGAACUCACAACUUAUGUUCUUGAUACUUAUUGCUUAUUUAUUUAUUAUUUUUGUAUUUGCAAUUUGUUGUCUAUUGCACAUCGGUUGUUUGUCCAUCUUCAUUAUGUGUGGUUUUUCAUUGAUUCUAUUGUGUUUCUUUGCAUUUACUGUGAAUGCCUACAAGAAAAUGAGUAUCAGGUCAGUAUAUGUACUUUGAUAUUAAAUUUAGUUUG